AGAGACGGACCGACACUAAACCGGCAUAUGCUAACCAGCGUCAGUCGUUUUACUGUCAAUAACGUUAUUUUUGUAACGUAUAAAUAUUCAGUUUUAUAAACAUUCGAUGUCAAGAGCAGUUAUUGGUGAAUAUGGUCACGAACAAAAUCUGCUACUUAGCCGUUAGCCACGCUUGAGGAUGCUUUUGACUACACUACGCCGUGGGAAAGCCCUACAGCUCACUCUCGCGAUCGUAAAACCCGAUGCGGUGGCUCAUCCUUUGAUACUGGAGGCUCUCCACCAAAAAAUCCUCGAGAACAACUUCAUUGUCAUUAGAUCGAGAGAGCUGGUGUGGAAGAGGCAAGAGUCAGAAAGGUUUUACGCGGAACAUGCAGGAAGAUUUUUCUACCAAAGGCUGGUUGAAUACAUGUCCAGUGGCCCAAUGCAGGCGUACAUCCUGGCCCGGGACGACGCCAUCUCUCGCUGGAGGGAGCUGAUGGGUCCCACCAAAGUGUUCCGGGCUCGGUACACGUCCCCGAGCAGCAUGCGAGCCCUGUAUGGGCUAACAGACACCAGGAACACUACUCAUGGCUCAGAUUCGGUGGAGUCGGCCCACAGAGAGAUCGCCUUCUUCUUUCCGGAGUUCAAUGUGCGAGAGUGGAUGGAAAGGAGCGAACCAUUUUUCCGGACGGGGCAUGUGGAAUAUGACCAGCAGAGAAGGAUACACACCGUGCUGGGAACAGCAUGACAGCCGGAGAGGCUGACAGGUCAAACACCCACACCAGGGCGCGAUGCCUCUCAGGGGAUCGAGUUGCGGCCACCAUCCUUGAGCGCUCAAUUCUGCUUUUUUGCAUCGAGACAACGCUGGAAUCGUCUCAAAUUGCCAGGAAACAUGAGCACGAAAUAUAAGCUUAACGCUUCACCCACAGCAAAAGCUGUCGCCGUUAAUUCAGCCGGACACAUGUAAACAGCAUCGGCGUUAAAUUAGCACUGUGGCUGUUUCUCUGCAAUCGUAGUGAACUGUUUUGACAGAAGUGCGACUGAUAAAUUAUACCAGAGUAAAGACAAAAGGUCGUGAAAGAAAGCAAACUAACAGCAAACAAUCAAGAUUGGCCAGAAUGUUUUAGGCUAUAUUCACUUCUAUUGUAAAUAAAUCACAUUUACAUAUUUGGAAGAAUUUUCUAGUUCAUACUUUAUCAUUUACAUUAAACGUAUAGACUGUAAUAUGAAAUUGUUGGAAUGAAAGUUACAAUUUUCAUUACCUCCUAUAAUUGAAAUAUGGUAUAAGCAGUUCAGCUAUAUCCAUCAUGAUCCGUGUUGUUUAAUUGUUCUGGCUGGGCUCCAGUCCCGAUUUCACACCACUUGUAAGGAAACAUAGGGAAUGGCAGGUCUUCAGGGUUUUUGCAAGUGAUUCUUUCAGUAAAACAUAAGAUUUUAUUUGUACAAUCUCGAUUUGGCAGUUGAUCUUGAACAGAAUGAAUUCUUCCACGUGCAGCUUUGUCAAAGCUGCCGGCAUUCCAACAUUGCGUGAAGUAUGGUUCACCUAACGUACGUAAGGAAUGUUUGGUCAGUGGGACCACUGCGUACUCUGAGAUGGGCAGCAGACAGUGACAGUCUUUGGUGGUCAUGCUUUGACUAAAGAUAACGGAUCAGAACUUCGAUGAAGGAUUAUACUGCGAGUUAUUUGUCUGACCUCAGAAAUAAAGGAAUUGCUGAGAAAUUAAAUAUGUAACUUUAAAACACUGAUGAGCUUUGCUCUUCAUUACAAAUGACAACUAGGGAAGUUGUAGACGUGAUGACCGGCAUCUGUUGCAACGUAGGUUCUGUGUCUGUAUAUACAGUCACAUGCCCUUUUUAAGGCCCAUCUGCAGAAGUAAAAACCUGCACUUCCUCACUGGCAGUUGCAGUUUGACACCAUACGCCCCACCAGCAUUUGACUGAGAGUUAAAUGCCGUUUUUGUUAUGAGCAAAUGCCCUGCAGGUGUCGCUGAAAGUAAGUUACACUAAACGCUCCAUUUCAAAUAUGCUGGAGUCCCCCGCUGAUAUUACAGAAUUACAGGAAAUGACACAAUACAACCUGGAAGACAGUAAUAUACAUAGCUGUGCUGGGAAAAUAGGCUGAAUGUUAUUUGGCCCAGUUUUUAUGUACGUAAAACGGUGCUUUUAAAUGCAUUCGUCCAUCCACCUUCCUUCUCCAGUGGAGGGUCGCAGUGAAACUGGAGCUCAUCCCAGGAAGCUCAUGGGACACCCUGGAUGACACAUUUAUACUUAAUAAUAUAAAUGCUAUUGUCUUUGAAAUUACGUUAUUACAAUAUAUCAUUUAAUCACGUUAACUUACUUAAUCGUAUUGUAAUUCUGCCUAGUAACCGAUUUCAUCUGGUUUACGUGAGGUCAGGACAUCUCUGAAGCAGCUUAUCAGUGCUUAUUCCAUGAUGUUCAAGAUUUAUAGUAGCAGUUGUUUAAUGGGAAAAUAAAAAUGAAUAAUGA